AUGGGGGUUGCGUGGAGUGGGAAAAACGUGUUGUAUGUAGCCGACCGCGCUCCCUGCCACGUACGUCAGGCUCAAGAUUAAAGAUUCUCCGCUUGGUUGCAUCGAGCAAUCAAUUUUUAUAAACUCAAGACUCCCCACAACACGAGAAUCACUUUUGCACUGACAAAUGGAGGGUCUGCCACAAAACCACUGAGGUUUGUUGUAAAGAAAUAACGGAUGAACAAUGGCGAAAUCAAAAUCCCACGAACGCACGCCGAAGGCGAAGAACAAACAUCUGAAUCACACUCAUCAGAGGAAGGAAACCGAAUCGUCUAGGAUGAAUCUCAUGAACACAAUGUUGACGGUAACUUGUAUGGCUGUUGCUGCGUGGUUUGGGUAUAAGGGGUAUCUGGAGACGAGAGUCAAUACUCCUUUUGACACCGAAAAGCUCGUCGCGCUAAACGGUCUGGACACAGCGGACCGUUACUGGGGUUCGUACAGAUCAAACCUCUACUUCGGGAUGAAGACCCGCGACCCCCAGUCCCUCGCCAGCGGUCUGAUGUGGUACCGCCCGAACGACUUGCGCCAGGGGAGCGAGUCCUUCCGACACUGGUGCGAGCAGUCCGACAAGCUCGAAAAGUACGGUUGGCUGGAGCACGACGGCAAGACCUUCGGCAUCCAAGAGAUUGUCGACGGCGAUCUAAUAAUAAAAACCUCGUACGUGAAAAAACCCGGUGGUCGUCACGGUGGUGACUGGACAGCCCGCAUAGGCGUCACCUUCAAGGACCCGGCGCUCCCGAACUCCGAAAAAUCCGAGGAAAUAUCCUUCAUCUUCUACUCAGCCCUCGAGGACAAGUCCACGGGGAACAUCAAGGCUUCAUUAGGAGCGGACAACAGACUCUCGGGGAUGGAGGGGUACACUGACGGUCUGGGAGCUUACAGAUUCUCCAUGAAUCCGACUAAAGGAACAGUGGAGGAGCACUCCUUCCUGAUAGCCGUCAUGCCAGGUUUGGACCUAGUCCGUGAGACAGUCCUCCAGAACCUUCGCCUGGCAUCCCAAAAGGGUUCAAACAUGAAGAGAAUAGUCCUCGGAGGAGAUCAACUACCCCUUGACUCCGAGGGGAAGAAAACAGACCCGAACUUCUGCGCAACGCAGGUGACAGCCAAAGUUCCCUUCGAGUUCGAAGUGCUCUUCGAGUCUGGGAGUGUUCCCCUGAGGAAGGAGAAGCUAACCGGAAAGAACUUCGACUCAGCUCUGGCAGACCAACGAAAGCGGUUUCACGAUAAAUUCGAGAAGACAUUCAAGCUCGAGGAGAAAGGCUUCAAAGAGGAUGCCAUAGAUUUCGCGAAGCUCGCGUUCUCCAACCUGAUUGGGUCCAUCGGUUAUUUCUACGGAACUGCGCAGGUGCAGAGUGUCUACACUAAGAGCCCAGUGCCCUACUGGAAGGCCCCUCUCUACUCAGCAGUCCCCAGUCGUUCAUUUUUCCCCAGAGGAUUCCUCUGGGACGAGGGCUUCCACGGGCUCCUGAUAUCCACCUGGGAUUUGGACAUUGAAUUAGACAUCAUGAGCCAUUGGUUUGACCUCAUGAACUCCGAGGGAUGGAUCCCUAGGGAGAUGAUCCUGGGGUCUGAGGCCCUGAAGAAGGUCCCUGAGGAGUUUGUCACGCAGAUCAGCACCAAUGCCAAUCCACCGACGUUCUUCCUGACUCUCGAGUACAUCCUGAACACUCGGGAGGUGGAGCUGUUGGACAGGCACUAUAAACUCCUGGGGAAGAUCUACCCGAGGCUGCAGGCGUGGUUCGAGUGGUUCAAUACUACACAGGUUGGCGAUCUGCCUGGGACCUAUCGGUGGAGGGGGAGGGACAGCUUGACGAACAGAGAACUCAAUCCUAAGACGUUGACCUCUGGGCUGGACGAUUACCCAAGGGCUUCACAUCCUAAUGUGGAUGAGAGACAUGUGGAUCUGAGGUGCUGGAUUGCUUUCGCUUCUGGGGUCAUGGCGAGACUGGCUGCUCUGUUGGAGCAGCCUAGUCAGAGGUACAACGAGACCCACCAAUACCUCACAGACAACCAGCUGCUGAACGAUCUUCACUGGUCACCAACAGCUCAAGCAUACGCCGACUACGGUCUCCACACCGACAAGGUGGAGUUGCGGCGACCCAGUGCUCCUCCCAGGUCCCCAGCCUCCCCAGACCUGAUCAGAGUCGUCUUGGAGGAUCCCACCUUGAGAUUCGUGGACUCCACCUUCGGUUACGUCUCGCUAUUCCCCUUUAUCCUGGGAAUAGUCGAGUCUAAUUCGCCAAAUCUCGACAAGAUUCUGAACGAUCUGACCAAGCCUGAGCUGCUGUGGACCAAAUAUGGACUCAGAUCACUGGCGAAAUCAUCCCCUCACUACAUGAAGUACAACACAGAACACGAUCCACCGUAUUGGAGGGGCCCCAUCUGGAUCAAUCUGAAUUAUUUGACCCUGAGAGCCCUCAAUCAUUACUCGGAGGUGCAGGGACCCUAUCAGGCCAAGGCCAGGAAGAUUUACAAGGAGUUGAGGGAGAAUGUAAUAAAAAACAUGAUGGCGCAGUACAAAAGGACGGGCUUCGUCUGGGAAAACUAUGGAGAUGGCUAUGGCGAGGGCAGGGGCUCACACCCGUUCAAUGGGUGGUCCUCACUCGUUGUUAUGAUCAUGGCUGAGAUCUACUGAGGAAAGCUUCCUCAGUAUUUUCAGCAGUUGAUUGACGUCUCGUGGACAAUCAGACGAUUUUUGAGAGGUGUUAGUGAAUGGGAGUGUUUUUUUUGUUUUAAAGGUUUUGACACGUAUCAAUUACCAAAAAUUUUGAAGAGGGAGUUCUGGAAAUGUCUUGGGAAGGUGGGGAUCUUCGGAGAAAUAUCAACAAUCCGAUCUUUUUGGAACCUGUUGAAUGUUUUACAAACGAGAUGUCUGAGAAUUUUGUUGAGACCACUUUAUUUCAGAGAUGUUUUAUAAAUAAUCUGAGAGUUUGAGAUUCAUCUUCUUGUACCAGAAAAUUUGAACUGAUUAUUUUGAGAAUGUCUUCGGAAUUAAUGGAUCUAGGGAAAAUGUCAAUAAUUUUAAUGUCAACAAUUUUGGUUUUUUAAACCAAAUUUUCUACAAAAAUUCCUUCAGAAUUUCUUCUAGACUUGUACCAAAAAUUUGGUACGAAUUAUUAUGGAAAUAUCUCGAUACUAGUGGGUUUAGUGAAAAAUUUCAUGAGGUCUUUAUUAUAAACCAUUAUAUUCUCUACAAAAAAGUUUUUGAGAACUUCCUCUCAAGGUUUUUCUUCAAGAGAUAUUUUCUAAAUAAUUUAAGGUUUCAUGUGGGAUUCAUCUUCUUGUACCUAGAACCUUGUGUUGAUUAUUCUGAAAAUAUCUCUGGACUGAGUGGGUUUAACAGGAAAAAACUAGGUAAACCGAUUGAUAAAUUUACCCAAGACACUUCUUUCGAAGAUAUUUUCUGAAUAAUCCUCCACCCCCCUAGAAUUACAUAAUUUACCAUUUUUACAGCACAAAGGAGCAUAAAAAAUGCACAAAACCAUGGACAUAAUUUCGUUCGAGCUGUGUUAUUAAAUAGCUUCUUAGCAUCACUCAGAAUGUUGAAUAAACAAAUGGAUAAUACAACACAGCGAGUGAAUGGUGUACUUCCAGCUUGUGUGAGGCUGGCACUCACCAGACCACAAUUUUUGAUUGAAUGAUGAAGGAUGAAGAAAAUACCAAUUAACUGCUUAAAUAUACCAAGGGGAGAAUGCAAUACAAAAUGAUUAAAUCAAUAGAUUCACGUAUUUGUAGCUUAAUUGUAAGACAUUCCGAGGGAGUAGAUUUGUAAGAAUUCAUAUACCAAAUACGAUAAAUGAAACAAUUGUAUAUUAAGACUGCGGGAAUUGUAAAUUGCGGUAAUUCAUGAAAAUUUCGUCGGCAUUUAUUCAGUGGAAGUAAUUUUUCAUUCGCAUGCCUGCGACUUUCUUUAAUAUGGGUGUCAUGGGUGUUUCAUGGAUUGUUUAAUGAAUAUACGGACGAUAAAAUUUCAUAUAAAAAUCUAGAGAAUUGUACAGAAAAUUUUAUUCAACUUCUGUUGAAGAAUUCCGCAGAUUUACUGCGUGUUUUUUUUAUAGGAAUUGUUCCGUAGAAACUAUUUUAUGGAAAAAAUUAUUAGAACUUCAUCUUUCAACACAACUCGGUAGCGAAGUGGUAAAACGAUUCAAGUUUUCCAGGAAUAUCUCCGAACCUAAGAGAGAUUACGAAAUUUUCGU